GACCUGGAUCCUUUGUGCCAGGCUCUAUGCUUUCCGCACUUCUCAAAGCAGUGUGGGAUCAUCACCUCCUGCCUCUCAGAAUCGGUUGUAAGCAGCGGGCGGCGAAACGUCGUGAAGCUCGUCCUGCCGCAGGACAUGUCGGCCAUCUCCGGUGCGUCUACGCAGCACACGAUUCGCGUUUCGCAGCUGUCACUUCCCGUCCUCGGAUUCUUCGGUACGCCGCUCGCGGGCCAGGUCUCCCUGCCCGACGACACGCGCGUACACUUCACCGAGUCUUCGGGAGUCUUUCUGUGGAAGGCCCCGCGCCGGACGCCGAGUGCAACAGCUGGUUCGGUGGUCGUUACGCCGGGCGAUGGCAAUCAAGCUCCCUUCCGUGGUCAGACCAACAACGUUUUGUACCUUCGCCUGCUGCUUGGGGUCAGCCUAUUCGCCGAGCUCAAGGACGGCGAUGCCACGAUGACCGUGCAGAUACCGCCAGGCUAUGCUUGUCUCGAUGCAGGGGCCGCUCCCACAACACUUCGCAUUUUCGGUUCCAGCGUUCCACAAGGACGCGGUGAUCUGCCAGAGGUGGGCACUGGAGGCUGGUCCUUCGGAAAUGGAUGCACGUACAGCCUGAGAGCCGGCGAGCUGAUUCCAGCAGGAUCACAGGUCUUUGUGCGCGUGGUCGUGAAUCAGCCAGACUUGCCCCUGGCUUUGGGUGACGAAACGAGCCUAGACCAAAAGAU